UUUAUGUAACCAGGGGAUCUACAGUCUACAUUCAGGACUGAUUGACCUGGCAUAAGGAUGAAGUGGGUGAUGCUGUUGAGUGGUGUAGUCCUGUUGCUAACUUUGGGGUCUGCUUCCCUGUUAGUGCUGGAUGCAUGUUAUGGACCUGCUGCUGCAUCGUUACUGUGAAUGGGUCCAUUGAUUAUCCUGUCUCCUUGUACUAUGAGGAUGCCCGGCUCUCAACCCUCAUCUGGCUCCGUCCUGCCUACUGCCUGUAUGAGAUGUGGCACAGAGAGGCCUUGGAUCCCAGCCAGGCCUCCCAGCAGACAACUGCCAUAGAGGUGGAAGUGAAACCAGAAGGGGUCAACAGCACUUACAAGAUUGCCCGACGGUUCCCUGUACCCUAUUGCGGCCCAUUCAUGGAUCAGCCCUUGGUCACCAAAGACUUUGCUUAUGAGAUGGGACCCACCCUAGCCUGCCUCAAUGACACUUGCACAAAAGCAGUCCUGCCUGGCCGAGGAUUCAGUGUCCGCUACCUUCUGUACAAUCAAGCCCAGACUCUACUUGCUGCAACCAACUGGUCUGGGCCUUUCUACACGCGAGGAAUUCGCUGGUGUGACUGUUUGAAAAUGAACCUUUUCUACCUUGGGUCGCUGUUGGUCCUGGGAACAAGUUAUACUGCAGCGAAUGCUGAAUUUAGCCCGUCUCUUCCUUCUUCCCCAUCACCUUUCCCCACCGACUGGUCUUCCACCUCACAAAUGUCCCCCGAAUCCACACAGGAUCCUGAGUCUCCUCUUACUCCUGGGUCAAACACCACAUUUCCACCCAACAGUUCCUCGCCUCAGCAGAACCAGACCCAAACCUCAGUCCCCACCCAGCAGACAAAAAGGCCUAGAUUGUUCCAGGAAAAGGCAGAAGGUGCUUCUUUCAAGCUUCCAAGUGUUGAUACAGAUUAUUCUCCUGGAGCUGAGCCAUGGGAGGCUGCCGCUGGGGGAGUGGCUAUUGUGCUGAUGAAACCGAAAGGCCAUCUUGCCGUGGGGGAACCCCAUGGGGCAACUAGCCAUGCUAUGGGGCUGUUCUUGGGGGGCUGUGGCUUGCUGCUAUGCCUCUUCAUUGGGGUCUAUUGUGCCUAUAGCUGGGGAUCCAAGAAGGAACCAUUUUCCCACCAUCGCCUGUAUGAAGAUGGAUUUGACGACCCCGCCCUCUUCCUGGACAGCCCGAAGGAUUACGACUGGUUCUUUUACGAAACGGAUGGCUAUGUCUACCCAACACCCUCCCAAACCCAUCCUCAGCCAAUCCAGACCCUCUCGAUUCCAGCGCUCAAGCAACCUCCCCCUGCACGCGGAAUGUCGCCAGAGAAGCCAGACACAUCAGAGGCAGCGCAAGACCCCCAACAGCCCCAAGCAAGCCCCAUGAAGCUGGAGUGCCUGUCUCCAGCCAAUCUGCACUCUGGGAACUUCAUCUGAGGGCCCAGGCCUCUCCAGGAGAGCCCCGAAGGCUGAGUGAUGUGCAGAUCCCUUUUCUCAUCUCAAUCCGGAAUCUCUAAUGUAGGGGUGGCUUACCUGAGGCUCUCCAGCUGGUGUUGGACUACAACUCCCAUCAUCCACAGCUGCAAUGAAUGGUAGUCCAACGACAUCUGGUGUCACUCAGGCUGGCCACCCGUGCUCUAGUCUGCUAAUUGAAGGCUCGUCUCUCAGCGCUCCUGCUUUGAAAAAGGAAGUGGGUGGUUCCCUGAGGCAGGGCCUUCUUGGUAGUUGUGCCUCAUCUUUUGGACUCACACUCUUUAUCUAGUUACCUGGCACAGAAUGCGAUUACCUUUAGGCUCUGGUUAUCCAAAGAUGGUUUUUUUUCUUUUUCUGGGCUAUUAAUGAUUUUUAGCAUGAUUGGCUUUGCUCCUGCUAGCCAUGUUCUAUCACAGUGUGGGGAUGUUUUUGUGUGGUGUUAUACGAUAUACUUUUUUAAUGUGAUAUUGUCAGCCACCUUGAGAAUUAUAGGUUGAAAGGCCGAGCAAAAUAUUUUAAAUAAACAGAGCAGUGGCACUCCCUGUUAGGAAACUG